AUGGAAACAACCCAUCAGAACGGAGUCACGCACGAAGUCCCAGACUCUCCAAAGCCCUUGGAGACUCUGACCAAGUAUGAUCCAACCUCUGAGGCCAACAGCCACCAGCGCCUUCAGAGAAAGAAGAAACUGUGUACAGGCUGCCGAAGCCUAGAGUUGGGAGUAAACUGCUUCAAGGUCAAAGCAGCGUCUUCAAAUGACACCAAAAAUGCGUCGCCAGAACAUGUUACCCCGCUGCGGUCAUACACUACACCGCAGCAGCUAGGAAGUCUGAGUGAGAUACGACAACGCUCUUCAAAUUGCGAGAUGUGCGCUCUCAUUAUCGACUCGGUGGAGGAAGCCGGAACGCGAAAUCCGAUCGGAGACUAUCUGAGCGCAGCAGCUGAAGCUGAAUUGGAAGACGCUCUCUGCUCCGUCAGCUGGGAGAUUGACGGUCGCGAGGCGGCUUCGACCAAAGGCCACGGCAAAAACCCCGUGAAUGCAGUGCGUGGGAUCACUAGACGUAUGCACAUCCGAUGGACUAAUCCUCGUCUUUCGGAUGCAUAUCUGGUGUAUGUGGCACCGGACAAAUCCGCCAGAACCGCAUCGGAUGCUGACCGGGUCUGGGCGAAAGACUCUAUGUUCUUGGGGCGAAACAUCACGCAAGAUAUCGAAAACCAAGCUUUGAUUCGAUCGUGGCUGGAUCUCUGCCAAAAGUCUCACCGGGGUCCCUGUCGCCAAAAGAAUGAGCAGCAGGUCGACCGUUUCGUCGAGAUGGUUUCGCACUCCUACUUCGGAGUUAUUGACGUGCAGAAUAUGCAACUGACGCAACUUCCAAUCAAACCCUCCAGAGACCGCCGAGAGGACAGCGAUGAAGCAGACUCAGACAGACAUGAUCCAUAUGUGGCGUUGAGCUACGUCUGGGGAGCCGAUGAGACGGCGUACACCACCCUGGCAGAGAACGUCAUGCUGCAUCGCAUGCACGGUGGGCUGGAAGAUGUCCUGCAUCGACUACCCAAGGCAAUCCAAGACGCCAUGGACCUGGUUCGCAGACUUGGGUUUAGAUACAUGUGGAUAGAUCGCCUCUGCAUCGUCCAAAACAGCUCACGGUCUUGGAAGCUGAAUGCCUUCAACAUGGACCUUAUCUAUGGCAAUGCGGCACUCACCAUCUGUGCUGCUGAUGGUGACGCCUCAUGCGGACUGCGGGCUAUGCGCCCAAAGACGCGCAACACCAGGCAGUAUAAGCGGAACAUCAACCCCCACCUCGAAUUGAUGGUGACUCGUCCACCUGAGAUAUACAUAAGAGCCUCGGAAUGGAACGAACGAGCCUGGACAUUUCAAGAACGAUUGCUUUCCCGCCGUUGCUUAAUAUUCACCAACGGCAGAGUCUACUUCCAAUGCCGCUCGACCGGAAUGUCGGAGGACAUUUUUGGUGAUCAAAAAGGCGCUGGAUGGUCAUUGGACCUUGUUGAUGCCCCCAUGCAAAUGUUCAGACAGCUGGAUAACCGAGCGUUCUGGGUUUAUAUGAAGUGUGUUGAGCUGUAUACCGAAAGAAAACUCACCCAAGUCAAAGACAUACAGGCGGCCUUCAGUGGUAUGGCAAACAUGAUGGAGGAGCGCAUGUGCGCGCCUUUCAUACAUGGCCUCCCCAGUUCUCACUUCGAUCUGGCUCUACUGUGGGAGCCGGUGAAGUCAGUAAAACGGCGAAUGAUUUCGACGAAUGACAACAACCACACUAUCCCAGACUUUCCCAGUUGGUCUUGGACUGGCUGGGUUGGUGAGACAAAGUAUCAUGAUGAUCUUGUCGGGGGCAUCCUUGACAACGUUUCGCAGUGGCUGGACACGCAUACCUGGAUCCAAUGGUGGGUGCGAGACGGGCACGGCGACCUCCGGCCUCUUUGGGACUAUUAUCAGUCCGUGGAAGAUUUGAGCCUAGACUCGAACUGGAGAGGAUACACCGAAAGACGGGUAGACAAAGAAAUGCAGUCCGGCAACCUACGUAGCCGAGAUCCAAGAAACCCGCCAGCUGAGGAUAACUCGUCAGACAUAUCCGAAAGCGAAGACGCUGACAGUGCCUCUGUCUCACCUCGCCGUGAAAGAAGCUCAGGAGUCAGGGCCCGGAUCGAAAACCCAAUUCGAGACACGGCAUAUGGACCGAGGCAAGAAGAAGGAUACUAUGUUCCUUAUGGAGGAGUAAGGGAGUCAAACAAUGAAGCACAGUACAGCCGCAUGCCUCGUCGCUCUCCCGCACCCAGACCGGCCCGUACAUCUGUACCGAAGAUGUCGUAUCGGCGUCCGCAAGGAUACCUGAGAGCUUCGGCCGCUGCGGGAGCUGCGGCCGCUGUAGGGUCUCCGCACUACCGACCACCAUAUGAAUAUGGUGUACCAGCGCCCGCGCCACCGCCAGAAGACCUGAUGCAACAAGAUCGACAAAAGUUGCGACCACCUGUGAGGCAGAGUCGCGCCGAAGGUUGGAGAAAUGACGCAAUGGAUGCAUAUGCUGAAUACGGCCCCAAAAGAUCUGCUCCUAAACCUGUAGCACCCUUGAAUCCAGUUCAUACCGCCGCCUUCUUUGAUAUGUUUUUCGAAGAUAACGAGAAAGAUUUCAACAUCACCCUCCGAGACUAUCCGUACCGCGUCGUUAAAGCGCCGUUCAACCCGAAGCCCGAGACAUCCGAGUUUCCCCUUCUUCCGAUUCUGCAGUUCCGCACCUGGCACACUUGGCUCAAUAUCAGACAGAGCACUCCUUCCGAACGCCAAGUGGGCGAGCGCAAGCUGCUGAGCCUGGAUUCUGAGACGGGACUGACUAGAUACCAUAUCACGGACGACGUGGGAGACUGGUGCGGGUCAAUUGUGCUGGACGCUGAAUGGGCAGCCAAAGCGGGCGAGAAGCAGGAGUUUAUCGCCAUCUCGGAGGCGAAGAGCUUUACGCUUGCUGAGUGUCCAGUGUGGACGUACUAUAUACCAAAGGAACGAGAGCAGAGCGAGUGGGAUUUGUACUAUGUUCUUCUCGUUGAGAGAAAGGAAGAAAAGUGGGAAAGGGCUGGCGUGGGCAAAGUGUUCAAGGAGGCCUUUCACAGUGCAAAGCAAAGGGAGAUUAUGCUUAGCUAA